CAAGUCAAGUUGUCACUGUCAGUGCUGCACUGUCUGCCAAAGACGCUUUUCAACACUUGUAACAAUAACUAUCGGAGGUUUUUUUCGUAAAAACUUCUACUAUUCGCCUUGAUUUGAAGUAAUAUGAGUAAUGCACCCAACCAAAAUGGAUCAGGUCUAGAGCAGCAGUUUGCUGGUCUGGACUUGCAGAGCCGUCAAUCGAGCGGCCGCUAUAUUCCACCUCAUUUAAGGAAUAAGGUGAACAAUUCUGAAACUAGUCCUGAAAAAGACAGGAACGACUUUAAGGGGGAUAACCGUGGGGGAAACAGAAGUAACUACAACCGUGGUGGUGGUGGUGGUGGACGAGAUAAUAGAGACUUUUCAAGUUUUAACUCAAGGAACAGACGAGGAGACGAUGAACGCGAGGGACAAUGGGACCGAGGUGGCAAGGAACGUUUUCAGGACAGGGAGCGUGACCUGCAGCAGCGUAACGACCGCUGGCAGCAGGAGCCUUCAGAAAGGCAGGAACGUGGAGGCGGCAACCGGUACUCAGAAGACAGGGAGAACGGCCGAGACAACAGGGGCAGAGACAGCCGCGACAACGGUCGUUGGAACGAGAGCCGCGAUCGCCGAGGGGACAGCACCGACUGGACGGUACCCCUGCCCCGGGAGGAGCACCUCGAGCUCGAGCUGUUCGGUACGGGCAAUACUGGAAUCAACUUUAGCAAGUAUGAAGAUAUACCUGUUGAAGCAACCGGAGACAAAACUCCUAACCACAUUACAUCUUUUGAGGAAGUACAGUUGACUGAGAUCAUCCGUAACAACAUUGCGUUGGCACGCUACGACACUCCGACUCCAGUACAAAAAUACGCCAUUCCUAUCAUCAUAGGAAAGAGGGACGUGAUGGCCUGCGCCCAGACGGGUUCCGGAAAAACUGCUGCUUUCUUGGUUCCGAUCCUGAACCAAAUGUACGAACGCGGACCGCCGAACAUCACCCACGGCCGAAGCCGCCGCAAGCAAUACCCCCUCGGCCUGGUCUUGGCGCCGACAAGGGAACUGGCCACGCAGAUCUACGACGAGAGCAGAAAGUUCGCAUAUAGAUCGAGAGUACGCCCCUGCGUCGUAUACGGCGGGGCCCUGAUAAAAGAGCAGAUGAGCGAUCUGGAUCGCGGCUGCCACUUGCUGGUGGCGACACCCGGUAGACUGUUGGACAUGAUCGAGAGGGGCAGGAUCGGCCUGGAUUAUUGCCAAUACCUGGUCCUCGACGAGGCGGAUCGUAUGUUGGACAUGGGUUUCGAGGUACAGAUAAGGAAGAUCGUCGAGAACGAGAACAUGCCCAAGACGGGCAAGCGUCAGACGUUGAUGUUCUCCGCCACAUUCCCAUCGCCCAUCCAGAAGCUGGCCAGGGAUUUCCUGGACAAUUACAUCUUCUUGGCGGUGGGAAGGGUCGGUUCCACCUCUCAAAACAUUACUCAGCAGAUAUUCUGGGUGGAAGAACACGAAAAACGGUCCUUCCUGUUGGACCUGCUCAACGCGGCCGAUCUCACGCAGCCGUCCGCCGAACACCUGACCCUCGUCUUCGUGGAAACGAAGAAGGGCGCCGACUCCCUGGAGGAGUUCCUGCACAACGAAGGCUAUCCGGUCACCUCGAUCCACGGCGACCGCAUCCAGAGGGAGCGGGAGGACGCUCUGAAGCAGUUCCGGUCGGGUAACACGCCGAUAUUGGUCGCGACCGCCGUGGCCGCCAGGGGUCUCGACAUCCCGCACGUCAAACACGUCAUCAAUUUCGACCUGCCGUCUGACAUCGAGGAAUACGUCCAUCGGAUCGGACGUACCGGAAGGAUGGGAAAUCUUGGUUUGGCGACUUCGUUCUUCAACAAACGCAAUCAGAACCUGGCCACCGGUAUGCUGGACCUGUUGGUGGAGGCCAAACAGGAGUACCCGUCGUGGCUGGAGAGCGUGGCCGCGGACGGACGCGUACAGAGCUCCAGUCGCCGGGGAGGCAAGGGACGGUUUGGAGGCAGUUCGGGCGGUAACUUUGGCAGCCGAGAUUACCGUCAACAGCCGGGCGGCGGCGGCGGCAAUAUGACCAGGAAUAACCGUUCUUCGGGCGGUGGUUACAGCAAUGGAUACGGAAACAGUGGAGGCUAUCCCAGCAACGGAGGAUUGGACAGAGGCGCCAAUUUCGGCGGUAAUUACAGCAGCAGCAGAGACAACACAAACAAUUCCAAUAGUCGCGACGAUUGGUGGGAGUGACAAAACUAGUGAAAUACACACCUCUCUCGUCCUUGUUAAUUACCUUCAUUACUAAAAUAAUUUCCCACAUGACUUCAGGGUCGAGCUUCUAAUGUUCAUAUUCCCAAAAAAAAAAUAUCUGUCGGGGCAUUACAAACAUUGAACUUCAAGCCGUUCUUCUCAUUAUUUUAUUUAUAUUGUCUUUUAUUCUGUGAAAAUUCUUCUUAAGUUUAGUUGAUUUAGUCUCCAUUAUCCUAUCAUUAGUGGACUCACUCAUAAAUAUUUAAUAUCAAAUAUUUAACUAUGGAUAGGUAACUAUUGUUAAACAUAGUCAUGAUUCGCACUAAAAUAGAUUAAAAAAAUGUGUGGAAUAAUUUUGAAACUUAACGAGAUGCACCUCGGGAUGUUUUCGUUUAGUGAAAAUGUUCCAUCUUCUAUUUUCCAAGAAUAUCGGAGGAAGGGUGCAUUUAUAGAUUUUAUCUGAAGUAGGGACAAACCGCUGCAAAUUUUUGGGAGUUUGUUCCUUCUGGUUCGUUAUAUUUUUUUUUUUUAAAGAACCGUUGUCAAUAGAAAAUGUUUCUCACAAUGAUAAUCGAUUGAAUCGGAUUCAGAGAAUAAUUCGAGUAACCUUGAAACUUUAGUGCAACAUCCAAAUUAUUAACAAAUAUUUCUCUAGUAAAAUUAAUCGCAAUUGAAACUGAGUGUAUUUUUGAUAGCAUAAUUUCAAAUGUCAUUUUUAUUUGCGCUUAAUCUGUUAAUCUAGCAUUCUUUCAUACAUGUUCUUAUGUUUGGAUCAGUAAUGUCAAAAAAAUAUAUUGAAGUUAAAAUAU